AUGCCUCUUAUCCUCGAUAAUCCCAUGGCAGCUGCCGGCGAUAUGCAAGUCGACAUCGGGGUCGACGAUCUGUUCGGGGAUGCGCCGCUUGCCCUGCAGAAUCGCCCCCCGAGCAAACGUCUGUUGCUCAGACUUAGCGAGCUGCGCAGCCGUGGUUCUUGCCAGGGGCUUGCAUGGUCCAAGACGGGCUCCAUUGCGUCCAUCGCGCCUGAUGGUCGAUCUCUUGAGUUGCGCUACAUUCGCGCUGACCCCAAAGAUGCCACUUGGGGUUUGAGCGAGCCGACCACUUGUACGCCGUGGCAGAAUCUUGCUGGUGGGCCCAUCGUCCAUCUGGCCUGGGCACCAACACAGGGCUCGGAGCUCGCAAUCAUCGAUGCUGUAGGCCGGGUGCUGAUGGUCAACUUUGGCACCAACGUCAACACCCCAUCGCCUGCUGCAAGAAGCUGGGACAAGGAUCCCCUCGAUGACACAAACGCUGUUGUGGGAACCUAUUGGCUGCCUUCUUAUCCCGCGCACAGGGGACAGGCCAAUCAUCUACACGCACCGGCUGUCAAAGAAGGCAACAACUACAACUACGAGCACUCCAUCGUUGUCAGUCAUCCACCCUACCACCCAAACCCUGCUAAAUCUGCAUUCUUCUGUAUCACCACGGUUGGCCUGUUGAAGAUGUUUUGGGCCCAGAAUAUAACGAGCAAGAUCGAGGAGUCUUCCUUGGAAUUGGAGAGCGUCACCUCAUCAGACGACCUAAUUACACACGCAGCAAUGGUCUCAGAUACGAGAGUGGCUAUGGCCACGUCUUCGAAACAACUGCAAGUUGUUCAGGUCGUUCUGAAUUGGGGAAUGCCAUCACAGGAGAACAUGAAAGGAGGUCUUCCUCAGAACCAAUCACUCAACCCGUCCCUGAUGGGAAGGCCUGUUGCCAUAUCCACUUGGCUUCCUGGAGGUCCAAGUGAAUCCCAUCUGGAUGCAGCCAUGACUCGACUCUCGCUCCUCGAGUUCAUACCAACUACAUUCGAUUCAGCAUCAAGAACCUGGCACCCACCCCUGGUGGUGACAGUACGGUCGUUUGUGCCAACCCCCGAUACUCCUUACAACCAGGAAACGCAGAGUGUUAUCGAUACAUGGGAGGUUAUCUUAAACCAGGACCAGACAAUGCAUCAUGCAUUUGAAAACCUAGGAUCCAGGAGGAAUAGCACUGGCUCCUCGCCAUCGGUCACUCAGAGAUUAAAAAGGCUGGAUCCAAUCAUUGUCAACAAAAUCAUCAUCGGAAUCACUGUGGUGCGGAUGGGCACGGUCGUCUGCUUCUCAUACAGCGACGGGACUGUGGAAUAUCGGGACCGCAUCACGAUGAACGAGGUUUGGACUGCCCCUAAACUCGACCGCAUCAACUCGGUUCAUGAAGCUGGUUUCACGCACAGCGGAGAACCAUCAUGCUUACAGACCGCUGUGUCGCCCACACUCUUCUCACUUGUUCAAAUGUGCGAGGAUGGGAAAAUCAAGUGGCAUGGAGUCAACUACACCCUGUCUGACCCGGCUUCCAUGGACGACGCUCAGUACCGCGGUGUGAUAGCUGCAUUGACCAUGUCGACGGCCCAAUUAGCUGCCACUCAGAGUAAUGUUGAUGAUAUCCUUGCGACUGCAAGACAAUUCAUUGGCAAAGAGCGAUUUGCCCAGGAUUGGGUCACCGAGAUAGUCAGAAUGAUGCGCAUUGCGGUUGAUUACUCGGAGGAGGCACACCACGAUGCUCUAGUCCGAAACCAGCUGCUCCAGAUGUGUUUUAGCACACUAAGCCAUUUCGGAUGGAAUGGGAAUUUCCAGCCUCGUGCUUUCAGCGGCAAGAUGGCUAUGUUCGCUCUCAACCUACGGAACAUCGUCAUUUUGAUCACUAUUGCCAGCAACGGUCAUAUGAAGGAAAGUACUCCCCUUGAUGAGCCAGAGGUCGUUGAUGCGUUGGCCACCUGUUGCAAAUGGUCUAUAGACUUGCUCUGCUGGAUCACCGACUCCCUGUUCUGCCUGUUAGAUGAUCAAAAGUUCCAAGAUCUUUUGAAGCAGCCAUCGCAAUAUGCAAACAUGAAUCCAUAUCUGCACAGCAAGAAUGACAUAUCAUUGCACAUGGUGUUGUCCUCUCCUAUACGCGGUUUACUCUCUGCUGUAUGCCGCAGGAUGGCUCACCUGCAUCACGUGUCACAGAGAGCCAUAUCCUAUUACGAGGCCCGAAAUCUAUCCAGUGAUCCUAAUUCGCGCCCAUCAGGGUCAUCCUUGGCAUUGCACCAGGCGUAUAGGAAAAUGUUGGGAUAUACCAGCAGUGCUCUUGUCAAUGUCAACGACUUCGAGCAGUUGCUCGGCUCUCUAAGCAAAAGUAUUCGUCAGCAAUAUACCGAGUCAUUUGGCGAGCUGGGAAAGCGCGCUGCCGCGGAGGCGGUAAAGAAAAACCCCAAUGCACCGAAGAACAUCGCUGAAGAGGCCGUCAAACGCGCACAGUCGCACUGCGAGCUUACCAUGCUGCUGGCCGGCAGUCCACCUUCGACUCUGGCACAGGUGAUACACAGGUUCUUCACAAACGAUUUGACAGCCUUCAGAGCUCAAUGCGACCCGGCCUCGCUCUUCUUCGCCAACUACGAUAUCCUCGAGGUGGAUGACGACCCGAAGCUGCUCACAUCCAGAAAGCAGAGGGGCGUGCGGGUCGACUUGUUCAAGCGCGUCGAGAUCACCCCGAAGAAGAAGACUACGGGUGCUGCCGGCGAGGAUAUGGUGGUGCCCUGGCGGAGAUGCGUUAGGUGUGCUAGCGUUAUGGAGGACGAAGCUACCAUGAAACCGGAGUUGAAGUUUGUGCUAAGCCAGCAGAGGAACUGCUCUUGUGGUGGGAGGUUGGCGCUUCUCGGGAAGGAUGAACUGAAUGAGUAG